AUGAAAGCUACUACCUUCACUUUAUUAUUAUCUAUUGCUACUGCCAUUAACGCUGCUGCUUUUGAAGAUUCAAGACUCAAAGCUUUAUUUGCUAGAGAUGCUGAAAUUAGUUUUGGUGCUACCCUUAGUGCCGAAAUCUCUCAUGGAUUUGGUCAUCAUCAUGGUCAUACUGCUGAUUUAAGUUCCGAAAUUGGCGGUGGAUCUUCAUCUUCAAGUGUUUCUGAAAGUACUGUUGAAGAAUUGAGUACUACCACUACUACUGAAUCUGUUUCUGCUUCUGUUUCUGCUUCUGUUUCUGCUUCUGUUUCUGCUUCCGUUUCAGUUUCUUCUUCCGCUGAAGAAACUUCUACUGAAGCUACUGAAAGUGCUGAAACUACUGAUAGUUUUGAAACCACCGAUAGUGCUGAGACUACUGAUAUUGUUGAAACUACUGACAGUGUUGAUACCAAUACUACCGAUAUUUCCACUACUGAUGAAACCACUGAAGAAACUACUGACGCCACUGAUAGUGUUGAAACUACUUUUGAAUCUGUUUCUAACACAGAAGAUUUAUCAUCAUCAUCAUCAUCCAUUAUUACCGAUUCAUCAGAAUCAACUAUUGAAGAAACUCCUUUGAUUACUGAUACUAGUGUUCCUUCUUCUUUGUCAGAAGAAUAUUCUACUAGUGGUAGUAGUUCUGAAUGGAUUCAUACUACUACUGCUGCCACUUCCCAUAAUUCAAGUAAUUCUAAUUCUAACCAUAGUAAUGUUAGUAAUACUACUACUUCGGCCAAUUUUGCUAUUCAAUACGGUACUGAUUAUGGAGUUGCUGUUGUUGCUGCCAUUGUUGGAGCUUUAUUAAUUUAG